CCCUGCUUGGGGUGGCGCCCGCCCGCGGCCCUCCCGCCGCUGCACAACGCCCCCCUAUAAAGCGGCGGCGCGCAGCGCGCGGAGGCCCAUUCCUGUCGGCGGGAGGCCCCACGACCAGGCGCGGUGUGCGUAACAGUGCGGAGCAGCGCGCAGCCGAGCUCACCGGCCAGGACGACGAGGAGCACCCCGACAGACAUACACAGGAUGCAGUGCAGCACGCUCUUCGUGUUGGCGGCCCUGGCGUGCUGCGCGCUGGCGCAGCGGGUCCCGAGUCAGGACCAGGUGACCAAGGCCCUCAUGGACCUGGACCGCAUCUACUCCAAGCGCUUACCGUCCGACGGCCUCAGCGACCCCGGGAUGAAGUCAGGCGACGAGCUGCUCAAGCUGAAGCAGGCCUACAAGCUUCUCAUGCUGCAGGAUCUGGACAACCGCUACAAGAUGAUCAACCGACCACGAUGGAGCGGGGCGAGAGCCUGCUGUGGCCGCGCUUCGCGGAUCGCAGGUGAAGUCGCCCGGCGGGCGCGGGAGGGCGCGCGCUGAGGGCCGCCCUGUAGGCCCCGCGCUAAAGCUGCGACACUCCUUCUUGCCAUGCCACGCCUCGCCACGCUACGCACCCGCAUCGCACAGCACAGCCCGUUUCCACUGUCCCCGCAGCCCACAGCUGCCCUAUUCGGCAAUCUAACUAUCAUUAUUAUUUUCAAAAGAGGGGGGGAAAGAGUUGGAGAUUGAUUCAAAGGUGGUUCAGAAAGAAACACCAGACUAAGAAGAGGGGCGUUUAUUUCCCGUUUCGUCAUUUAUUUUCUCUUAGUUUUUAGCAGCGAUGAGCAGGAGACGUCGCGUGGCUGGCAGGCCAGGCCCCCGCGGCGCGCAAUGUGGGGCCAAACGUUGGGUGGUCCCUUGUUGGGUGAUCCGUGCCAGAGGCUCGAGUCCCGCACCUGGCAAUAUUUUACUUCCCCUUUGAUGUAUAGAAUAAUAUAUACUUGUUAUGCAAAAUAAACCGAUGAAAGACAGAGGAGAGAGAAA